AUGGCGGCUCCGUCUGAACCCAGUAUUGGCCGCCACUCGGCCCCCGAGACCUUGGCCCUGCCUAUCGCCGGCCUCACCAAGUGUGUCCGUGGCUUAUGUUCCACCAAUGUCAAUAACUGUUUAUCAGAGCCGUGCCAGAACAGUGGGAUUUGCUACAACGGUAUAAAGAACUAUACUUGCGUCUGUGCUCUGGAGCCUGUGGCUUAUGCGGGUCAGAACUGUGAACUGCUGUUUGACGCCUGCUCCCUGCAGCCCUGCCUGAAUGCCGGGGUCUGUAACACGACAGCAGGGACAUUGGAGUAUGGCUGUUCCUGCCCACCCGGCUUCUCAGGCACCAACUGCAGCUUGAAUCUGAGCACAUGCGCGAGCCGCCCUUGCCAAGGGAUUCACGUGGACUGCAAAGACAAGGCAGAUGGAUACACUUGUGUCUGUGCCCUUGGGUACGGAGGGGAAAACUGCAUGACAGAAAUCAAUGAAUGCCUCAGUAACCCUUGUGGAGCAAACAGGACCUGCCUGGAUGAGGUUGGGAAUUACACCUGCAUAUGUGAUCCCGGCAAUACAGGGGUCAACUGCGAGACCGAGAUCAACAAUUGUGCUUCAAACCCUUGUCUGAAUGGGGCUCUGUGCAUCAACGGGAAAAACGAUUACAAGUGCUUCUGUGUCCCUGGCUACCAAGGCCCCAACUGUGAUAUUGACAUCAAUGAGUGUGCGUCCAGACCUUGCAGGAAUGGAGCCACGUGCCAGAACUCUGUGGAUCGAUACAUCUGUGCCUGCCUGCCUGGCUACACAGGCUUGAACUGUGAGGUUGAGAUUGACGAGUGUGAGUCCGCCCCAUGUCAGCAUGGAGCUACAUGCGAGGACUAUGUGGCGUUCUAUAACUGCACCUGCACGGUGGGUUACCGGGGACUUAAUUGUGAGGUUGACAUUGAUGAGUGUGCCAGCAGCCCGUGUGUGAACACAGGAGUGUGCGUGGACGGGAUCAACAGUUACACAUGUAACUGCAGCUAUACUGGGUUUGAGGGUACCAACUGUGAGAUAGAUGUCCUCGAGUGCGCCUCCAAUCCCUGUGCCAAUAGCGCCACCUGCCUGGAGGAAGUGAGGAGCUACACCUGCCUCUGCUGGCCGGGUUACACUGGACCACAAUGUGAAGUUGACAUUGAUGAAUGCCUUGAGGAACCUUGCAGGAAUAACGGCACGUGCAUGGAACGUUCCAAUCAAGAUCAUUACAAGUUUGACACCAGUUUCAGCUAUUCCAAUGCAUCCGGCUACAUUUGCCUCUGCCAGUCUGGCUUUACAGGAGAGAACUGCUCCAUAGACAUUGAUGAGUGUGAAUCUGGGCCUUGUGUCAAUCAAGGCAUAUGUGAUAAUCAAGUGAAUGGAUUCCAUUGUGGCUGCACUCCUGGAUUUAAAGGUGUGAUCUGUGAAAUCAACAUCAAUGAGUGUGAGGACGGGCCUUGUGAAAAUGGGGGCACAUGUGUAGACCAGAUCGCAGAGUACACCUGCAACUGCCCCCCAAUGGACAAGGAUGGCAUUACAUGGGGAGGUAAGAACUGUUCAACUCAACUGACCGGUUGCCUUGGACACAGCUGUGAGAAUGGAGCCACAUGUUUCCCUUACUUGGCGAAUGGAGUUCACAAUUACACCUGCAAAUGUCCACCUGGCUUUUAUGGUACCUCUUGCUCCACAUCAACUACGUUCUCCUUAUCCAAUGGAUACAUAAUUGUAGAGAGGCCGGACAGGAACUACAGCGGGAGAGCUCCAGCGAAGCAGCUGAUCAGCAUCAGCUUCAGAACAACUUUGCCAAACGGAAUAUUAGUCUAUCAAGGAGACAACGACAAACACUUGUACCUGGAGCUUUACAGCGGUCAGCUGAUGUCUUCAGUUAGAGUCAACAGUGAAAUGGUCCACAUUGCUUUCAGUGAACAGGUCAAUGACGGCCAGUGGCAUAACGUGGUGAUUCAUCUGGGCCAGGAAUUCCUGGUCACCUUGACGCAUCCCAAUUGCCCCAAUAGCACUUGUUCAGACAUCAGGACCACAAGAGGGACUGUCGAUUCCUUGUUGAAUUCACUCACAGUAAUGUACGUCGGUGGCCACUCCGACGCAUCUAUGUCCAAGAAAACCAAAAGCAAGAGGAACUUCACCGGCUGUUUGAGAGACGUGAACAUUGACUUCAGUAUUGUACUGCCACAGGAGAUUUCUGAAUACGUAGCAUGGAAUUUCACACUGGGCUGUCAGAGAACAGUCUGGUGUCAGUCAGACACUUGUCACGGUCGCGGGAAGUGUGUGGAUCUGUGGACAAGCUACUGGUGCAGUUGUAUCCGGCCUUAUACAGGUCCCACAUGUCUUCAAGAACACAUCUCUGGAACAUUCAGCUACGGGAACACAAACAGCUCAGCCUUGUUCUUAGUCAGCGAUAAUCCAGGCUCAAGGUUUACUUUUUCCUUUUUCAUCCGCACGCUGAAGGCAAACAGCCUCCUGUUUGAAUUCAUCAGGAAUGACACGAGCCCCUACCUGGUGAUGUACCUGCAGCAAGGCCACCUGAGCAUCAAGGCAAGAGGCACAACAUUACAGGCAGUCAUGAACAUUGCCGAUGGGGUAAAGAGAUUGAUAGUCAUUCACUUUGAUGGAGGCUUGGUCUCCGUUACUCACUCGGGCAGCAUUUUGCUCAAUAACCUGCUGCCCAUGGUACAGGUCAGACCUUUGGACUCUAUCCACAUUGGGGAGGACUCCUCGGAGCAGGGAGAACAUUUCAAAGGUUGUUUGCAAGAUGUGAGGCUCAACAACAACCAACUGGAAUUUUACCCUUUGGAAGUUGAAAACUACACCUCGCCAGUCAGUGUGUACACAAGUGUAGCCCUGAUACACCUGCUGCCAAAUUGCAUCAGCGACAAUACCUGCCUGUCUGCUCCUUGCCAAAAUGGAGGCAAUUGUUCAGUGACGUGGAACGACUAUCAGUGCCUGUGCCCGAAGGAGUUCAGCGGCAAGGCCUGUGAGGACAAGGUGUGGUGUGAGACAGUGCUGUGCCCAGCGGGGAGUCAGUGCGGGGAUAUCCCGGGCGGAUACGAAUGUCACGCAAAUGCGACAUUUCAAGGUGCAGAUCCGGUUGUGUACAUCGCCAACAAUUCAAUCACGCGAGACCUCACUUCCAUUUCCCUGGAGCUGAGGACCAGAGAGAGGGCUGGGGUGCUUCUGCAGGCCAGCAAUGGGGCUGACACCAUGUGGCUCGUUUUUCGCAACUCUCGGCUGCUGUUCCAAUUAAAGACAGGAAACAGCGUGGAAGAGGGACUCUCACUCUCCAGCCACGUCAACAUCUCCGAUGGGUUAUGGCAUUCAGUGUUGGUGUACAUGGAGGAGCCUUCGGCCCAGUUAUCACGAUGGCUCAUCACCGUUAACGGGCAGCUCGACACCAAGAGUGCCAUGGCCGCUGGGAACCUGAAUUUCCUUCGCAGUGAUGUGAACAUCACGUUGAGUAGCAACUUCACAGGUUGCCUUGGGAUAGCUAAACUAGGCGGCAUCCACCUCCCUUAUCUCCAGCAGACCCCUCCCUCCCUCACUGAGCACUUUGUGUUGUACAGCGACCCCCCAGCUCAGAUCGGUUGCUUUGGCACAGAAAUGUGCUCUCCGGACCCAUGUCAGAACAACGGCACCUGCCAAGAUCUCUUUGAGAGUUUCCGCUGUGCCUGUAGCCCAGGCUGGGAAGGCCAAAGAUGCCAAAUCAACAUCAAUGAGUGUGCGUCAGGUCCGUGUCUUCACGGGAACUGCACUGAUGUGGUGGACGGUUACCAGUGCACCUGUUACCAGGGCUACAUGGGGACAAACUGUGAACAGGAUAUAGACAACUGUGUGGGCCAUUUGUGUCAGAAUGGUGGCAGCUGCAUCGAUGGCAUAAACUCAUUCUUCUGCACAUGUCCUAGUAACUUCACUGGACAGUACUGCGAGUGGUCGUACCCACCGGUGGAUUGCGGAGAAAACUUCAGUUGCUAUCAUGGAGGCCGUUGCACUGAUGGAAUCUGGGGAGCUAACUGUACCUGCAGACCAGGCUUUACUGGAGAAAGAUGCGAAAAAGACAUCAACGAGUGUGUCCGAAACCCUUGCCAGAACGGAGGUACCUGCCAGAACCUGGUCAAUCGGUUUGAGUGUAUUUGUGGUGCAAACUUCGCUGGUGAACAAUGCCAGCUGGAUAGAGGGGCACAGGCUGAGCCCGUCCCACUGGCUGCGGUCAUCGUGCCGGUGGUGUGCGGCAGCGCACUAUUGGUUGUGAUAACCCUUAUUUUUGUGGUCCUAACCGCACGCAAAAAACGCCAGACAGAAGGGACGUACAAUCCGAGUCAACAGGAAGUGGCAGGAGCCCGACUGGAGAUGGACAGUGUCCUUAAAGUACCACCCGAGGAGCGCUUGAUAUGACGGGCUGGUUGCAAUGGGGAAGUGAUGCUCUGCUUUCCAGUCGAGCUCCUCCAACAUUACACAGAAGGGACGCAAGGCCC